AUGGCUUCAUCUCAGGCUGAUCUGGUUGACUGCUCUGACAGCGUAGAUGUCCACGACAAUGUUAUCGUUAUGGAGGUGGACAAUCUCCUUGUAGGAUGGCUGGCAUACGAAAUAAAAUUCACGCCUAAAAAACCAGGCCCCAUGAAACUCAUCAUUCGUCUUAAAGACGCUGUCAAACUCAUGCAUGUCGAAGAAUCUACUGACAGUGAAGCUGAAUUAUUGUUUCCAAGCAACGGACGGAAGAGGGCUCGCAAGAACAAGAAAUCACCCGAAGCGCAGUACGCUGAAAAUGGAACCUUCCCUUUCCUUGAGGAUACAGAUGGCGACCCAGUCCAAAAGUUCGAGGUAUCUCGCAUCACAAAGAGUUUGCGAAGCUGCUGGGCUGCCUUAAAGCAAGAGAACCGAGCUCCCGAUACCUGGGGCAAGGCCGGAAACAAGAUUCUCGACGAAGUUGCAGAGGAGAUGGCACGUUUGCACCCUAUUCUUGCCUUAUGCGAAAAUGGAUGGAAGGUUCACAACACAGGAUUCGAUGAUCAUGAAACAUCAAAAUGGCGGAAAGUAUCUGGGUCUGCCGAGUCUGGAUCUGAUGCAUCGAAGUCUCGAAUCACUGGCGAUGAGUCUACUACCCUCUCCGAGUCUCAGGCGAAACAGGAUACACCAGUGCUGGAAGACAUUACCACGACUCCCAUCCUCAAUUUGCAGAAUGGUUCAAAAAGCGAUAUUGGCACUUCUGAGCAGGAGCAGCAGUUUAACGAUACGCAACAGCCACCAUCUAUUGAAGCAUCGACUCCUUCCCCGCAGCCUGGGCCUGUGUCUCUUCCUGUGCCCCGUGUUUCACUAACUCAGAUUACUACCCAUGACACGAGCAACUCUCCAGAAGCUUCAUCCCAUGCAAACAUGGCAGGUACCACCUCUCAAGACUGUCUCAAUCAUAGCAACGACACUGUCAACACAAGCACUGGUAUUACUGAGGGCACAGAAACAACUGUAGAAGUAACAUAUGGAACCAUGACCUCCUUCCCUGUAAUCAAGAACCCUCUUGCGAAGCUUGCUGAGCGAAAACGCGAAUCAACUGUCCCCAAUCCUGCAGUGACCCCGUGCGACGUGCCUGCCUCGUUGUCUGCACCCAUGCUGCCACCUAAGGACAUGCCUGUACCCCCUGCAUCAGCUGCUGUCGAGUCGGCGGCAAGUGCUAAAAAAUUUCAACCCGGUACAUCGAAGAAUGGAAGGUCACUCUGUGCACACCAAUGGUUGAAGCAGAUCGCUGCAAAUGGCUCGUCGGCCAAUUUCAGGAUUUACUGGUCUGGCCUGACGAAAGAGAAGCAGGUGGCUUAUGAAUCCGACGCGCUGAAGCUGGUCAAGGACAAUAUAUGGAACGGCAAUACAGUCGACAUCAUCAGCAAGAUCUCUUCCGGCACUCUAUACUAG